AAGCAAUACUGACGAGUGAAGGCAAGCACACACCUGCCCAUUCACCGAUCACUAGAUAAUGGGUGCAGCGGAAGGGAGGGAGAUGGGUUUAGUUGCAGUAAUAGCUGCUGUGACGAUGAUGCUUUGGGUGGGAGGUGCUGCGGGGCAAUCCUCGAGUUGCACAAGUGUGAUCGUUGGCAUGGCACCUUGCCUCAACUACAUUACGGGUAAUUCAUCAAACCCAUCGUCCUUCUGCUGCCAACAGCUUUCGAGUGUGGUUCAAUCGCAGCCGCAAUGCCUCUGCCAAGUGCUUAAUGGUGGUAGUGGUAUAACUGCAGCAUUGGGCAUUACCAUUAAUCAAACACUUGCUCUUGCACUCCCUGGCGCUUGCAAUGUCCAGACUCGACCAGUUAGUGCCUGCAACGCUGUUAAUGGACCAUCGACUUCCCCGGCAGCGACGGAAUCUCCGGUGGGUUCUCCAACAAGUAGUGUUCCAAAGGAAUCCUCAAAUGGAAAUACAGAUUCUACUAGUACUACUCCAGUAUCAUCAUACACUCCUUCAGGAACUGGAUCAAAGGCGGAGCCAUCAACGGGGGAAGAGGCAUCUGAGGGAGCUAGAAUUAGCAAAUCACCACUUCAUCUUGUUGUCUUGCUUCUGAUAAUGGCUUCAUUUGCUUGAACUCUCAUUAGUUUUCCUUUGGUUCUAGAGACUUGUUUCUUUUUAUAGGGUUCUUGAUCCUGCUAGUGGCAGAGCGGUUGUAUCAUUUACCUGUUCUGUAACAUUUUCUAGAUAAUUAUCAGUUGCUUGAUAAAUGUGUUAAUUUUGAAGUCGCUAUGGAGUUUGGAAAUCUUUUGUACCAUUGGGCUAAUGAAUGAUCAUUUUAGUAGUGUUGGUGCCAAAA